AUGACAGACGAGAAAACCAAGGAGGCGCCCCUCACCGCCGUCAUCACUGCGCACGACGACGACCCGUCGCCCAAGGGCGAGGCCGUCCCGCUCGACGAGAGCGAGUUCACCGACAAGGAGUACUCGCGCCUGCGCCUCAAGUUUGACUUUAUCCUCCUCCCGAUGAUGAUGAUCCGCGACGACAAGAUGUCCCUCUCUGCCGGGGUCAUCUUCGGGCUGCGCGAGGACACGGGGCUCGUUAAGAACCAGUACGCCGACCUGACGACCUACUUCAACGUCGCGUACGCGAUCGCGCAGUACCCAAUGGCGUAUGCGCUGCAGCGCUUCCCACUCGGCCGCAGCCUGGCCGUGUGCAUCAUCAUCUGGGGCGCCAUGGUCAUGGUGCUCGCCGCGUGCAACAACUACUCGCAGCUCAGCGCGACGCGCUUCUUCCUCGGCUGGUUCGAGAGCGUCAUCACGCCCGGCUUUGCAAUCUUCACGGCGAGCUGGUACCUCCGCCGCGAGCAGACGCUGCGCCAGAUGUGCUACUACGCGAUGAACUCCUUCUUCUCAAUCAUCUUCGGCCUGGGCAACUACUACGUCGCGCUGAACGCCCAGCGCCGCGGCGGCCUGGCGGCAUGGCGCGUCAUCAACCUCUUCCUCGGCGGGACGACGGUCGGGAUGGGCAUCGUGUUCCUCGUGUUUGGCGGCACGCCCGACGAGGUGUGGUGGCUCAGCCGGCGCGAGAAGCGCAUGGCCAAGGCCCGCAUCGUGUCCAACGGCACUGGCGGCGGCGAGCAGCACCCGUGGCGGUGGGACCACGUCAAGGAGUGCCUCAAGGACAGGCAGUACUGGCAUGCGGUCGUGUACCAGGUCACUGGCAACAUCCCCAACGGCGGGUUGACGACGUUCCAGACCCUCAUAUUCAAGUCGUUCGGCUUCACGUCGCUCGAGACGCUGCUCUACUCGAUGCCAAUGUACGCCGUGACCUUCACGGGCGUGAUCACGUCCGCGCUGCUCGUCAACCGCUGGCCCAAGCUCCGCUUCCCCAUCGCCAUCUUCGUGCAGCUGUGCACCAUGUCGGCGCUGCUCGUCGCCGGCGUGGGUGCGGACAAGGUGUCCCGCUGGGGCAAGUUUGGCGCGUGGACGCUCAACCUCAUGUUCUCCAUCUCGCACUUUAUCGUCGGGUGGCCCAUCAUGUCGUUCAACAUUGCGGGCAGGACCAAGAAGAGCUUUACCGGCGCGUCGCUGCUCUUCAUCUUCUGCAUCGGCAACAUUAUCGGCGCGAACAUCUUCCUGCCAAAGGAAGCCCCGCGCUACGUCAAAGGCCUGACCGUCUGCGCCGUCAUGAUCGCCGUCAACGUGGUCAACUUUCUCUUCUGGUGGCAGUACUACGUGGCCGAGAACAAGCGGCGCGAGGCGGCGUUUGUCGCGAGCGGGCUGAGCGUCGAGGAGCGGGACGCGCAGAACCGCGCGAAUGGCGAGAACGACCUCACCGACAUGCAGAACCCACACUUCAGGUACCUGUGCUAG